GAACGGAGUGUAUUCCUCGGUCUCUUUCCUUCGACACUGAGUGCGUCGUAACGAAAUGAGUAAUCGGUAAUCUUAUCGCCGCGAAUUACUUAGGUCCACUUGGAACCGAUCUAAAGAUCAGCGUUUCACGCAUCAAGAGUGCCCCAAUUUUUCAAGCGAGAAACUAGUCGCGAACCAAGCAUGAGGGGCGUAUCUUGAACGCGAUGUGAAAGUUUUCAAUGAGAAUCUAAACGCCGCCGUCUCGCCACGAAUAUCUCAAGGUCGUGUGCACUCGCACGAUUGUGAAUCACGAUCGAGAGAUCUCGCACAAACGAACGAUCGUAGCCGAUCUGUAAAGGCACAGCACCCGGCCUCUGUUAUCCACGGCUCUCGGUCUCGUCGACAAUUCGUAUACAGCUGCAGCAUGGGCGCGGGUCAUUGCAGAGCCUUUCGGAGAAGCGCCGGCUCGAGGCAGAACAGAUCCACCGCAACAGCACGAGGACGGACGCAACGAUCGCGACGGUGAAUUCUCAGUGCCUUGUGAGGAUCGAUGCGGAGUGUCAGGACAAUCGGACGGAUGUGGGCCGCCUUGACAGACCUGCCACUUUUGCGUUUUCUCCGGGGAGCAGCCUCGGAGGAACAUGACUACAUCGAGGAUGUGGUGUGCAAGCAGGAAGAUAUCAACGAAAAUGAAAUGAAAGUGCUACCACUUGGUGAUGACGGGAAGAAAAUUUUGUUGGUGAAACAGAAGGGCGAAUUGCACGCUAUUGGGACCAAAUGCACGCAUUACGGUGCUCUGCUGCACACCGGUGCGCUAACGGAAGGACGGGUGAGAUGUCCGUGGCACGGCGCAUGUUUUAAUAUCAAAACUGGGGACAUUGAAGAUUAUCCAGGCUUGGAUUCUUUACCAUGCUACAAGGUUCGUGUAGAUGAAGAUGGUCUCGUUCAUGUAAAGGCCAAACGUAAAGAUCUGGAUUUAAAUAAACGCACGAAGGACAUGUCUGCGCGUGACCCUGAAAAUACGAAAACAGUCAUAAUAGUUGGCGGUGGUCCAUCGGGUGCGACCUGUGCGGAGAGCCUACGACAGGAGGGCUUUACAGGACGCAUCGUCAUGGUGUGCAAAGAAGACGUGGUACCCUACGAUCGAAUAAAAGUAUCCAAAGUAUUGGAUUUCGAUGUUCAUAAAUCGGCAUUACGACCACCCUCGUUUUACGACGAUAACAAGAUCGAAACGAAACUUGGAGUAGAAGCAAUAGGUUUAGAUACGACUCAGAAUAUCGUGAAAUUAAGUAACAACGAAAACUUGAAGUAUGAUUAUCUCUUUACUUGCACUGGCAGUAAACCGAGAAUGCCCAAUGUACCUGGAGCGAAUUUAUCCAAUAUUUUUGUUCUGCGAGAUUAUACUGAUUCACAAGGCGUACAUGCGCUUCUGUCUCCUGAGAAACACGUAGUUGUACUAGGAUUAGGUUUUAUCGGCAUGGAAGCCGCGGCUUAUUGUAUCAAUAAAUGCGCAUCUGUCACAGUAAUAGGACGCGAUACUGUACCUCUCAAAGCGAUAUUCGGCGCGGACAUCGGUAAUAGAAUUAAACAGGAGCACGAGGCUAAAGGUGUGAAGUUCAUCUUCCAGAAUAAUAUCAAACGAUUUAUUCCAAAAGAAGAUGAAAAAAGUGUUUUGGCUAAGGUCGAACUUACAGACGGCCAGAUUCUACCAGCGGACAUUGCUAUCGUUGGAAUAGGGUCCACUUUUUACACUGAUUGGAUGAAGGAAUCUUUAGUUCAAAUGAAAAACGACGGUACUAUACUAGUAAAUAAGUAUCUAAGAACGAACGUGGAAAAUGUAUAUGCCGGAGGUGACAUAGCUUAUGCACCGAUCUACGGAUCUCACGACACGUCAGCUGCGAUAGGCCAUUACUCUCUAGCUCAUUAUCAUGGCAAAAUUGCGGCUCUAAACAUUUGCGGUAAAGAAACUUCUCUGAGGACCGUGCCGUUCUUUUGGACCAACUUAUUGAAUAAAAAUUACAGAUACGCAGGCCAUGGAAAACCUACUAGCAUAAAGAUUCAUGGUUCACUGGAUAAACUGGAAAUCAUCGCUUACUAUCUUAAAGAUGGCAAAGUAAUAGGAAUUGGCACUGUUAAUGCCGAUCCAGCGGCAGCAGAUUUUGCGAACAUGCUUUAUGAGGGAAAGAUACUAACAGAAGAGGAGAUUAAUGCAGAUCCGUUUGGUUGGAUGAAAAAUAAACCGAAGGAUGUAUCAACCCGAUUUCAAGAGAGCAUUUUAGUCAACGUGCAAGCUUGAGUCAUUCGAUGAGCAACAUAAUUUAAUACUUUAAAACAAUGUCACAGUAUUAGUCUCAAUUUUUACUUUAUACAUUCUCAACGUACCUUAUUAGAUAAACUUAUGUAAUAUAUUUCAUAGUGCUAUCUUCCUAUUAAGAAAUACACUGAUCUAAAAUGUUACCGAAAAGAAGAAAAAAAAAUUAAAUUUUAUUUUCACAUUCA